AUGGUUACAGAAGCUUGGAUUGUGAAAAUGAGAAACCAAGUAAGUGCCAAUCUCAAACACGCUCUUCUCCUUGAAUCUCCCACCGCAAAGAAACCCUCUUUACCUAAGCAAACAAUCGGAAUCUUAUCCUUCGAAGUAGCGAACAUCAUGUCCAAAACCGUUCACCUCCACCGUUCCCUCUCCGACGCAGAGAUCUCAAAGCUCAAAUCCGAAACUUUCCGGUCUGAAGGAGUCAGAAAUCUCGUGUCUUCCGACGAGAACCACCUCCUACACCUCGCCGUCUCCGAGAAGCUCGACGACUUGAGCCGCGUAGCGAGCGUCGUGUCCAGGUUAGGUAAAAAGUGUAGCGAACCUGCUUUGCAAGGAUUCGAGCAUGUGUACGAAGAUAUAGUGAAUAAAGCAAUCGAUUUUAGGAAAUUAGGGUUCUUGGUGAAAGAUAUGGAGAGUAUGGUUAAGAAGAUGGAGAGAUUCGUUAACGCUACUUGCAGCCUUUACUGUGAAAUGGAAGUGAUGAGUGAGCUUGAGCAAGCGAUUGUGAAGCUUCAACGAAGCCAACAGCAUCAAGAGAGUGUUAAAGCUUUUGAGCAGAAGCUUAUGUGGCAGAGGCAGGACGUGAGGAGUCUCAGAGAUGCUUCGCUUUGGAACCAAACUUAUGAUAAGGUCGUUGAGAUGUUGGCGAGGACGGUUUGCACAAUCUAUGGCAGGAUUGAGACUGUUUUUGGUAUAAAGGAUUCAACUUUAAAGAGAGAUCGUAGCAAGAACGAAGGGAACAAGCAAGAUUUUGCUUUGAGAGUGAAAAAGGAUUCGACUUUGAAGAGAGAUCGAAGCAAGAACGGUGCUAACAAGCUCGUGAACUCGAGAUCUGUAUUGGGUUUCAAGGAUUCGAGAAGAAGCGAAGCAGAGGAGUUUGCGAGUGCAGGGGAUUUCAGUUUCCCUUGUGGGACUAAUCCUGGAAGGAUGUUCAUGGAGUGUCUCUCUGUUUCCAGGACUCAUGAUGAUGAUGGUGAUGAAGAAGAUGAAGAAGAUGAUGUUGGUCGGAUCAAGAUUCCUUCAAAGUUCGGUUGUAAGAGCAGAUCAACACAACAAGCUUCGGUUUCAACUAUUGGAGGGUCUGCGUUGUCUCUACACUACGCAAACGUUGUGAUUGUGGUGGAGAAGCUUUUGAAGUAUCCUCAUUUGAUAGGAGAAGAAGCAAGAGACGAUCUUUACCAAAUGUUGCCGACGAGUUUGAAAACGUCCUUGAAGGCUAAUCUUAGAUCGUAUUUGAAGAACGUUUCGAUCUACGACGCUCCAUUAGCUCACGAUUGGAAAGAGACGAUAGAUGGUAUACUUUCUUGGCUUGCUCCUUUGGCUCACAACAUGAUACGGUGGCAGAGCGAGCGUAACUUCGAGCAGCAUAAUCAGAUUGUGAAAAGGACGAAUGUGCUUCUUCUUCAGACGCUUUACUUUGCUGAUAGAGAGAAGACGGAGGCUGCGAUUUGUAAGCUUCUUGUAGGGCUAAACUACAUUUGCCAUUACGAACAGCAGCAGAACGCGUUGCUUGAUUGUGAGAGUAGCUUUGAUUAUGAGGAUUGUUUUGAGUGGCAAAGCCAAUGCCGUGCAGCUUACUUGGACUAA